AUGAAGUUGUUUGAGAAUAAAUACGACUUCGAUUAUCCUUGGGAACAAGUAACUGCUGCAAACUGGCAAAAGUACCCAAACGAAGUGGCAACUCAUGUCGUCGGUGUGGAUGUUUUGAGAAGAGAGCUUAAGGAUAAUGGGAAUGUGUUAGUCUCUGAAAGAUUAUUAACUGUGCAGCAGAAAGUGCCACGUUGGAUUAUGAUGGUUCUAGGUGGUUCUAAUAUCAGUUAUGUUCGUGAAGUGUCUACUGUGAAUCUAAAAGAAAAAUCUUUGAAGUUACGUAGUUGCAAUUUGAAUUAUGUGAACUUGUUACGAGUAUAUGAAAUGGUGGAUUAUAUACCACAUCCAGAGGAUCCAUAUAACAAGACUUUGUUUUCACAACAGGCUCAGAUUACAGCAGGUGGUAAAUUUGGUAAAUUAGUGAAUACUUUGGAAGAUUGGAGUAUUCAACGAUUUUGUGACAAUGCAGCAAAGGGUAAAGCUGGGUUUGAUUCAGUAUUGAGAUCUCUAUGGGAAGAACAUUGGGAUAACAACUCUUUAGUGAUCAAAGUCAAUGAAACCGUUGAUGAUCUUGGUCUACAGAUGUCCAAACGUGUCACAGAGAUGAACGCUGCAGCUGAGGCGGUCAUCAAAGAGAGUCUUAGGAAAUUCACAAUAUUAACAGAUUAUCAAGAUUUGUUUACUGAAGCCUUCGAUGACGCUAAGAACCCACAUUAA